AUGUUGGGUAUUCAGUUUGAGGAUGAUGAUGAUAGCAACUCAUUGAGAGAAAGGAAGUCCUCUAGUGAUUCCAAAAGUUGCAAAAUUUUGUUGACCUCUCGAAGCAAAGAUGUGUUGUUGAGCGAAAUGAAUGUAAAGGAUUCAAUUUUCUCUUUGGAAGUCAUAAAGCAAAAAGAGUUAAAGAAGUUGUUUGACAAGGUAGCUAGAAUAACUAAUGAAGAUUUAGAGUUGAAAUCAUUAGCAGCUAAAAUUGUGAAGAAAUGUGCAGACCUACCCUUAGCAAUAGUUGCAGCUAGAAAGGCUUUAAAGAAAAAUCAACACAAAUUUGCAUGGGAAAAUGCACUACAACAAAUCGAAAUGAAUGGAGUACUAGAGCCUGUGGAGUUUUCUACAAAGUUAAGUUAUGAGCAAUUGAAAACUGAAGAGCUCAAGUCUAUUUUCUUACUUUGUGCUUGUAUGGGUGGGCAUCCUUCAAUUAUGGAUUUAGUAAAAUAUUGCAUUGGCUUGGGCAUAUUUCAAGGAGUCAACUCAAUAAAAGAAGCCCGAGAUAGAACAAAUACUUUGAUCAACAAGUUAAAAGACUCAAGUUUGUUGAUGAAUACCACCUCCUAUGAUUGUGUCACUAUGCAUGAUAUGAUUCGUGAUGCUGCCCUAUCAAUAGCAUCUAAGGAGCAAAAUGUGUUCAUACAAAGAUAUGGCAAACUCGAUCAUUGGCUUGACAACAAUAGCUUUGAAAGGUACAUCUCUAUCUUAUUACACCAUUGUGAUUUCAUUGAUGAGAUUCCAAAAGUGAUGAAUUGCCCUAGACUCCAAGUCUUCCAUCUUGAAUGUAAAGAUCCUUCCUUGAAAAUACCAACAAAACUUUUUGAUAGAAUGGGAGAAUUGAAAGUAUUGAUAUUGAAUGGUAUGGAUCUAUCACACUUUCCUUCUUCAAUUAAGUGCUUACAAAAGCUUAGAAUGCUUUGUUUGGAGUACUGCAUGCUGGGUGACAACAUGUCUAUCAUUGGAGAGUCAGGGAAUUUAAGAAUUCUUAGUCUUUCAGAAUCUUGGUUUAAAUUUUUACUAAGUGAAAUAAGGCAGUUGGAUAAGCUACAAUUGUUUGACAUUAGUAAUUGUGCCCAACUUAAAGUGAUUCCAUCUAAUGUGAUGUCAAAGUUGAAUAGGUUGGAGAAGUUAUAUAUGGGAAAUAGCUUGAUUCAAUGGGGUGUUGAGGGGAAAACAUUCAAUAAUAAAAUUGCUUCUCUUAAUGAAUUGAGUUAUCUUCAACAAUUGAGAAGUUUGGACAUACAUAUACCGGAUAUCAUAGCUUUGCCACGAAGCUUGUUCUUUGAUAAAUUAGAAAAUUACAAAAUUGUGAUUGGAGACUCCAACAUGAUUUUGUUGGAAGAUGGAGAGAUUCCUACUAAACUUCUUGCAAAGCUUGAAAUAAUUGAAGUUUCUCAAUGUGAUUCUUUGGAGGAUAUUGUUUCUAUAGAAGGACUAGAGAAUACUCGCAAUAAUGCAAAAGAAGAUAGCAUUGAGUUGCCUCAAUUGCGCUCUUUGACGUUGCAAUCUUUACCAGCAUUAACUUGUUUCUACGCUCAUGACAAGAUGGUUCCAUUCUUUAAUGCAAAGAUUUCACUUUCCAACAUAGAGAGCUUGGAGUUGUCUUCAAUCAACAUUGAGAAGUUGGAAGCAUUUAGCAUGGAAACAGCAUCACAUUUAAAAGGGCAACCAGUUCUCUCCGCUUUACUCAAGGUGAUAUCCAUGUUGGAAGCACUAGAAAUGGGUCCAAAAGAAAUGAAGUGGUUGCGAAACUCCAUUGGCAAUAAUGUUUAUCAAAUGCAGAAUAUAAAAAAACUUCAGCUUAGAAAAUUGAGCAAUAUUGAAAUUCUCUUUCGGCUCCUUGAUAGAUGUCCUAAUCUAGAAAUCCUAGAUUUGUCUAAUUCUUCCGUCAAAGAGUGUUGUCUUCAGGUUUCCAUCUCUUGA